GCCUUUAGUUUGACUCGACGGUGUAAAUGCCCCUUAAUCGAUUUAAUUAUUUGUAAUUAUAACAAAAAUGUUAUUGUUAAAAGACGCACUAAACCACUGCAUGUGGUUGAUGCGUAUAAUCUAAAUGAAUUUCGUAUUUGCUGUGAUAAACAAAAUGAUUCACAUUUUUAGUCAAACAUAACCUCACUUUUCGAAUAUGGCAUCCACUUUAAACAUUUUUGUUAAAAAUGCCCUGAAAAGUCAUGUAAUUACCCAACAAGUGCGUUUUUAUCCGCGAUGGGGGCACCGAACACCGAUAAAAGUCUACACACCCGAAGAGUUUCAAGAAAUGGAAAACAAGCAACAUAACCCCCCUGAAAAAAAAAUCUUUGAAAAAUAUGGGGCGUUCAAACCGGCUUGGGAGAGGUCUAAAAAUGUGACUGAAGACUCCCCUGACGGUCUAAAAUAUAAAUUUAAAACGAAAAAGUCCGAUAAACCGUUGAUUGCAACCCAUCAAAAAAGUAAGGUUAGCACAACCACCGAUAUGCUUGAGACCAUUAUAGAUAAAGAUGGGAACUUUAUUUAUACAAAAAUGAAAAACAACGAUCAACGAGUGGGUAAAAUUUUGACUGAAGUGAAAUCAAAAAAGGACACAGAUAAAAAGGAUUUGGUUCUCUUGGAAGGUAAGCGUCUUAUUAAAGACGCUCUGCAGUCGGGCUGCCACUUAAAGUAUAUUUUAUUUAGCCGCAAAGACGAAGUUGAUUAUUUGAGGCCCUUUUUACCAAAAGCGGGGGCUUUGUUGUAUAAAAUGCCCUACAAAGAGAUGCAAAUGUGGUCAGAUCUUACCACGACCCCAGGAAUCAUGGCUAUUUUUAAACUGCCAAGUGUGGAGGAUUUUACCCCAAAACACGCGCUUCCAAUUACGGUAAUUUGUGACAACAUUCGAGAACCAGGAAAUUUAGGGACCAUUUUAAGAAUUUGUGCCGCUGUUGGAUGCGAGCGGGUUAUUUUAACUAAAGGUUGCGCAAAUCUAUGGGACAGUAAAGUGUUGAGGAGCUCAGUAGGCGCUCAUUUUAAAUUGCGACUUAACAAAAGUAUGGACUGGGACUCAAUUGAGGAGAUAGUGGGCAAAGAAGCGAAUUUUUUCAUAGCUGAUAAUAAAUUGGUCUGUGGUGACAAUAUUGAGGAUUUAGCCACAGUCCUGGAAAAAAUUCCUCUUUUACCUUACUACAGCGUCGAUUUUCGCACCUCUCCCCAGAUAGUUGUAAUAGUAGGGGGCGAAACUCUCGGCGUCAGUAAAAAUUCGUAUGAACUAGCCCUUAAGACAAACGGCGCCCGCCUUAACAUACCCUUAAGUAAUGACAUUGAUAGUUUAAAUGUAGGAGCCGCCUUAGGAAUAAUAGCGUUUGAAAUUAAGAAACAACUCACGCAAAUUGUGAAUAAAUAGUUUAUUCUUAGGUA